CCAAUCUUAUCUCGGCUCAACUCAACUCACACAUCAUGUCUUCCGACGACUCGAGACUCGUCACCGAGAUAUGGGACAACAUCUGUUCCUUUCUAACACCAUCGACCCUCUCCAAUCUCCGUCUCACAUCUCACAGACUCAAUGAGAUCGCACGACCAUGGAAAUUCAGAAGCUUACGCCUCGAAGCAUUCGCGCCUUCAUCUGUUGAGCGAUUUAUCCACAUUGCCAAAUCCCCUAAACUACGCAGCUUAGUUCGAGAGAUCACUAUCGAUACGCGUAUUGAGUUUGACUUUGAGUACCUCUGCAACGAGUCAUUCAACUUCCCAAUAGCCUUCAUGAACGCGCUCCCCCAUUUACGUUGCUUCACCAACGUCACGGCGCUUCAUAUUCGCUUUGAAGAGCACUGCGGCGAAGAUGACCGUUACUAUCAAACUAUUGAAGAAACGUUUGAGUUUCGGUACCGUGUGCUUGAUACUAUUCUUCACUGCGCUGCGGGGCUGUGGACGCUGGAGAAGCAGAUCAAGAUUGAUGAGGGGAUGGAGGGAUAUAUCUAUCUUGAUGAAGAUGAGAAUUUUGAUUAUAGUGAUCAGGAUCUUGAAUUCGCUCACGACAAGCCUUUUCCGCUGAAGGAGUUGACGAUUACGCAUCUUGCGGAUUAUGACGAUCCUAACCUCGCUCUCUCUGAGGCCUGGAAGACGAUAAUCUCUCUACCAAGUCUCGUCGACUUUAGGGUCUUUGUGACAACAGAAGAGUGCGAAGCUUCACCUGAGAGCACGAUUCACUAUAUUGAGAAGUACGAUUUCUUCGGCAACCUCCACAACACGUGGCUGUCUCCCAACAUCGCGGAUCAUUUGCGCGUACUGUCGUUAUACUUCAAAGACUACUGGGGCUGGUUUCCCAUCAUGGACUUUCGAAACAUUGGCGAAGAUUCACCAUUCCCUCAACUCAAGGUUCUUGCGCUCGGGAACUACGUCUUUACUCAUGAGUGGCAGAUUGAGUGGUUUGCGAAGCUCGGCAAGGAGAAUGGUAGUGGAGGUCUGGUAGAGCUGUAUCUUGACGAUUGUCCCAUUCUGUAUCACGCACGUCAGCUUCGUAUUGGAAACGAUGGGUAUGCUGAUCAUACAGCUCAUACAGCAGGUGGAACAGGACGAGGAUGGAACCCUAUCAAACGCGACUUUCCCAUCCGAUGGCAUCAUAUCCUCUCUCAGUGGAAAGAUUCGAUGAAGGGACUGAAGACACUUCGAGUUGGUCAUGGCUGUUGGUGGGAUUGUCCCAAGGAUACCCGCCAAGCAAUUCUACAAGACCCCGAUUACAAAGACAUCGACUUACAAGCCAUGGAUCAUCGGCUCUCGCGAAACCAGCAUCGGAACUUUGCUUACCCUCCCCCAACGGAGGAAGAAUACUGGGACAGGGAGAACACCUGGGUGUCUGAAAAGCAUAGAUAUGGGACGGGGAUCGAUAAUGAGAGAACGAGUCGGAUGCAGUAUAUUGAGUAUAACUGUGGUAUUGGGCCGUCGGCAUGGUUGGAGAAGAAUUCGCGGUAUGAUUGUGAUGAGGAGGGGUUUGCGCCGGAGAAGGGGACGUUGGAGAAGGACAAUGCUGCGUGGGAGAUGAUUAUGGCUGCGACUCGAGCGAGACGUGAGGGUGUUGCUGCUUGAGUUUUCACAGUUUAGGGUCAUUGGGAUUGUGUCUGUUCAUUUACAGGUGAUAUGCAUUGGGACAUCAUAGUGCUCGGGAGAUGAGAUUUAUGAACCGUCAUUUUCCCUGUUAAGGGUACAUGCUUCAUUUAACAUCGGACUCCGCUGCUGUUCAGUAACUCUAAUCGUCAGAACAAAGGACCAUCUCAAUUUCCGUACUGUGCGGAAACAGAUAUAUACUUUUUUAUAAACUUUGUACUUUGAACUUAGAAACGUGAGUUUAG